AUGGCCCACCCCGGCAUCCUCCACGAAUACGCCCCCCGCCUCGUCGCCUUCGAAUUCACCACCCCCAACACAACCCCCCAAUCCACCAACGCCCUCCUCUUCAUCGGCGGUCUAACCGACGGUCUCCUCACCGUCCCCUACGUCCAAACCCUCGCCUCAAACCUAACCUCCUCCACCAACACCCCCAUCUGGAGCAUCUUCAACGUCCUCCUCACAACCUCCUACCUCGGCUGGGGCAUCAACAGUCUCGACCGCGACGUCGAAGAAAUCGCACAAUGCGUCAACUACGUGCGCAAACUCAAAGGCCCCAAUGCCAAGAUCGUAAUCAUGGGCCACUCGACCGGCUCCCAAGACGUGCUUCACUACCUCUCCGCUCCCAACCCAGUAGCCUAUAACCCGGACGUGAAUGGAUUGAAAUACAUCACGCGUCCUGCUGUCGACGGAGCGAUCAUGCAAGCGCCCAUGUCCGAUCGACAAGGGCUGGAUACGACGUUGACGAAUGCAGAGGCGGUGGGCGCGUAUGAGCAGUUAGUGGGGAUGGCGAGGAUUGCAGAGCCGAGGACAUUGUUGCCAUUGAAUUUGACGGGAUUGGUGGGGUUGGAUCCUGAGACGCCGGUGAAUGCGUGGCGGUUUUUGAGUCUGGCGAGUCCCGAUAGUCCCGAGCAUCCGAGACAGGAUGAUUUGUUUAGUUCGGAUUUGUCAGAUCAGAGGCUGUUGGAGACGUUUGGGGUUGUGGGGGAGAGGGGGUUGUUGGGGUAUCGCUUGAUGACGCUGUAUUCGGGGAAUGAUGAGUAUGCGGCGCCUGGGUUGGAUAUGGAGGUUAUGUUGAAGAGGUGGGAGAAUGCGACGAAUACGGGGGCUGGGGAGGUUAAGUGGGAUGCUGAGGGGAGUGCGGUGAUUCCUGGGGCGACUCAUAAUGUUCAGGAUGUUGGACAGGCAGAGUUGGUGGAUCGCGUGAGGGGGUAUUUGGCACGGGUCUUGUAG